CAGUCAGUCGUGGAAAAUGUGUUGAGCCGUACACAUCGUGCGUGCGCGAGUUUUGGGUGUGUGUGAGUGACGUUUCGGACCAAAAAGUGAGAAAGAGGAAAAGUGGAGCGAGCGCGAAUCAAAAUAAUAAUAUUUGUGUGAUUUUAUUUCGUUUUAAUCUUGAGAAGGAUUGUGGCUCGUUUUACGAUACUGGAACAAAGGUGAAGUUUUUACGCGUGUGCAGUCUUUAAGUGGAAAAUACUCAGUUUUAAUUGUUUAGUAAAACUAGAGUAUUUGAGACACGAAAAAUUGCAAAUUAUUGCCAAUGAAAAGUGACUGUUUUUAAUUUUUUUGGUCAACUGGGAAAAUCGUCGAUUAUCUAAGAGAUUUCACAAUCUUGGAGGACCUUGGACAAGGUUGGAAAGUCGAAAAGGGCAACGAACGAAGCAACUCGGCGAAACUAGAUAACCAACUCGACUCUGUUUGAUGUCGCGAUAUUAAAACCGAUAGAAAGGAAAACAGAGCCAAACCGGCGACAAAGCAAGAGGAUUGAGGUCAUCGAGAGCGGUGAAUCGUAAGAAGAAAAUCCCAAAAACCAGACGCUUUAUUGUCGUCUUUAUUACGCGCGAAUUUCCUCGAGAAAAAAAAAACAAAAAAUCUUGUAAAACGUGGCGCCACCUUCAAAAAUUUGUUCAAACAGUCCAAAAAUUCUUCCCUGAUAAGAAGAAUGCCCGCCAAGAAAAGACUGUUAUGUGAUCGUUUUUGCUGAGAAUAGAAAAAAAAAAUCCAAAACGAAAUCCAGAAGAAAAAGUUCAAACAAGUCACAGAACCGGUUCGCGAGAAAUGGCCACCAAUCUGAAAAGUCUGUUUGGGGGGACGGCCGGCGGGGAAGCGUCCUCGAUGGCGGCGGUCGUGGCCGUCGGAGUAACCGGCGGUGGCCACGAUCCGACUUCCAGCAGCAAAACGCGUGAGACUGAUAAGCCGAUUGAAUACUCAUCCUCCAGCAGCACCCCAAAGUCAUCCCUAGCCACAUCCACCGCAAGCAGCAGUGGCACAAGUCCCAACCAGUCUCAACCCCACCAACGACUCAAAAACCGCGACCUGGUCAUCACGAGCCUGAUCGCGGGCGCCACAGCCGGUGCCCUGGCCAAAACGACCAUCGCUCCGCUCGACCGCACCAAAAUCAACUUUCAAAUCAACAAAGAUGUUCCGUACUCGUUCCGGGCGGCGCUGCUCUUCCUGCACAAAACGUACACCCACGAGGGCUUCCUGGCGCUGUGGCGUGGCAACUCGGCCACGAUGGCCCGGAUCAUUCCGUACUCGGCGAUCCAGUUUACGGCGCACGAGCAGUGGAGGAAGCUGCUGCAGGUGGACCUGCACGACGAUACCAAAGUGCGCCGCUUCAUGGCCGGUGCCCUGGCGGGAAUUACGUCCCAGUCGUUGACCUACCCGCUGGAUCUGGCCCGCGCACGGAUGGCGGUGACGGACAAGUACUCCGGUUACCGGACGUUGCGCGAGGUGUUUGUCAAGAUCUGGCAGUGUGAGGGCCCGCGGACGUUGUACCGAGGCUACUGGGCCACCAUCCUGGGCGUCAUUCCGUACGCCGGAACGUCCUUCUUCACGUACGAUACUCUCAAGAAGGAGUACUACAAGUACACCGGGGACAGCAGCCCCAACACUGUGAUAUCGCUGGUCUUCGGGGCCACGGCUGGCGUGAUUGGCCAGUCCAGUAGCUACCCGCUGGACAUCGUGCGGCGGCGGAUGCAGACGACGGGCGUGACGGCGCACUGCGCCGACCGGUACCUCACGAUCGGCUCGACACUGGCGAAAAUCUACAGGGAGGAGGGCUUCAUCCGGGGUUUCUACAAGGGCCUCAGCAUGAACUGGAUCAAGGGACCGAUCGCGGUCGGAAUCAGCUUCGCGACGUACGACCACAUCCGGCACUUUUUGCGCGAGGUUAUUCACGUUAGGGGGUCAGGGGAGUCGAGCCGGUAGAAUCUUUGUUGAGCAUUUGUUGAUUGAGAGAGUGAGUGAGUGAGUGAUUGAUCACGGGGCCUUUGGGAAAGAGUCACGUGGGAGAGUGUUGUUGUUGUUAAUUGGCGCAAUUAAUUGAGUAUAUUUACAUGCAUGUUUAGAAACAAGCACACACGAGCGUUGCUUACAAACUCACUACAAAAAAAAACAAAAACAAAAAUAGGAGCAGCACAGUGUGUAAAGGGCACAGUUUAUAUAUAUUUUUGAAAGUAUACUUUUUAGAGGGAGAAUAAAUCGCGAGCGAUUUAACGUGAGUCCACCGUGUCAAUUUGUUUCAGUUUUGAACGGAGAAAAAGUUUAGCUUCUUUUAACCGAGCACUGCUAAAAAUGAGAUAUUACGGAACUAAACAAAAAAUGACAAUAAACUUUGAGAUGCGAAUAUUAUUUCUGUCGAACACAUCGAA